AUGUUCGAGUGUUCGGACAGUGGGGAAGGGAUGAGCCCUACUCACAAGAUAUCCUUCUCCAUCAUAGAUAUCCUCGACCCCCAAAAAUUUACAGGUAAAUCCCAGGCACAAGGGCUGCAAGACAAAGGGCCAAAUGAAAACAGUGAUAUGCCCGUAGUCUCCAGUGCAGAACAGGCUCUAAAGGAGACAGUAAAGCUGAGUGCUGAAAAGAACAGCAACCAAAUCGGCACUGACUCUGAUGGAAGUGAUUGGGAACAAGGCAAACAUUCCAAUGCUGAUACUUCAAAAGAAUCUCCAGAAUUCCAUGGAAAAGUUCAACAAUUUAAAAAGGAUAAGGAUUCCAUACAACCUGAAUUAGACAAUGACCAGAAUACCCCCACAGAGUUGGAAUCCAGGUCCGAUCAUACUGCACCCAGACAAAAACGCCGUCGAGCUGAACCAGGCUGUGCUAAACCAAGACGAGCUAGAACUGCCUUUACGUAUGAGCAACUAGUGGCUCUGGAGAAUAAAUUUCGCUCAACGCGUUACCUAUCAGUAUGUGAACGCCUCAACCUUGCGUUGGCCCUCAGCCUAACAGAAACACAAGUUAAAAUCUGGUUUCAAAACAGACGCACAAAGUGGAAGAAACAGAAUCCUGGAGCAGAUAGCACAAUCCAGCCUGGAGCUACAAGCCUGUCGCUAAUCAGUCCAAGUCCUCCUGGACCAAGUGCACUCAGCUUUCCAACCUUUCAGGCUUACUCUGCAGGGAAUGUCAUUUGCCAGACAGCAACACCAGUCCCUUUAGUAUCAUCCACUACAGGUUUGAUGUCUCCUUUCCUGAGUUCUGCCUACUUGACACCAUUUUAUGCACCUCAUUUAUGAAAACGAAAUAUGUAUAUCUCAAGUAACUAUUUACACCGAACAUAAUAACAAUUUUCUUUCUUGAGCUACCAUUUUGUACAACCAUCUUGUAAUAAAAUAAUCAUCACCUUAAAGAGGACUGAAUAGCUCAACUGAUGAUAACUUAUUUGUAAGCAGUGUUUCAAAGCCUUAAACAGACAAGUUCCGAGUUUUAACAAUAUACAAGAAAUAUGCCAAUUCAAUAUCUGUAGGUAAGAAUAAACAAACCUGACAGAAUCAG